AUGUCUACUCCAUCUGUUGUUGUUGAUCUCAAUUCGACUGCUGUGCAUGCAGCUCUAAACCACAGAGACACUCCAGAUAUCUCCUUGACACCAAUCUAUGCAAAUGAUGGUGCAUCUAGCGAGCUAAUCUUUGAUCCCAUUUUGCCUCGUAAUGAAAAUGACAAUAUCUACACCCUUUUUUCCGAUGGAAUAUUGUACAACAAGAACGCAACUGCUCCAUUUAUAAACCAUAUCUACACGUCGCUAAAUCUAAGUGAAGAUUACAUCAAAGAACUACCGUUAACAAUAGCGCAGAAUGCAUGGUUUGAUAAAAAACAAUUGCACACUUUAUCUGAAAUAGUCUAUGAAGAGCUGGAAGUUCCUCUGUUCUCAUUGCACGAAAGACAACUGUGCACUGCCUAUGCGAUGUCGAAGCCGAACAACUGUAUAAUAGUGGAUUUCGAAAACGAUUUCUUAUCGGUUACACCUAUAUCCAAUGGCAAAGUAAUCAAAAAAGGUAUAUUGAAAUCCCGAUUUGGUGGUGAUUUCAUCAAUCUAUUUAUUAAAGAAUAUUUGACUAAAAAGGAAAUUCCUUUGGAUUCACUUUUGCCAAUUGAUUAUCAGAAAUUGAAAUUGUCUAACAGUUUCCACCAAUUUGCAAUUACGCAAACUUUGACCGACUUCAAAAAAUCAAUCUUAGAUAUAUCACCAUUAUCAAUUGACGAAAAGAUUUUUAAAACCCCGGGAAAUACAUACUCUGCCUCAAUAUCUCGUUUAGAUCAAAUAAACAACUUUAUUCAACCUAUAUUCUCACCGUACGAUUCUUACUCGACGAUAAUCGGCAAUCCUCCCUCAUCUCUCACUCCUGAGUCUGAAGGGCUGGGUCAACUGAUUUUCAAGUCUUUGAAAAAUAUAGGUGGGCCGGCUUCUCUCUAUGCAGACUUAUUGAAUAACAUCAUCAUCCAGGGAGAAAACUCUGGUAUACCGGGGUUUGAAGAUGUUGUGAUUGCAGAUUUACGUUUAUACAUUAACGACUUCCAAAUUUCGAGCUACUUAAAUCAAGACAAUAUGGAUAGGGGUAUCGAGACCUGGAUAGGUGCUAAUAUAUUAUCCAAAUUUAAUGAUUUAUAUUUUUCCAGACAAGAUUAUCUAGAACAAGGGGCAGAUGCCAUGUCUUCUAGGUUUUUUUGA